UGGAAUUGUUACUCCAUUAUGCUUACUUUCAUUGUCACCUUCCUCCUUUUACUGUCUUCUCAGCCACCCACGGUGCUCUCCGCCAAAUGCGGCAACAGGGCCGCCGCCGCGAAGACCUUCAAGAAAUGCACCUCACUUCUAUCUCAAGAUGCUUCCAUUGCGUGGACCUUCCACCACCACAAUGCCACUCUUGAUAUUGCCUUCUUCGGUUCCUUCAUUUCUCCCUCCGGUUGGGUUGGCUGGGGAAUCAACCCCACCUCCGCCGAGAUGGCCGGCACUCGCGCGCUCAUCGCCUUCCCGGACCCCAACUCCGGCCAGCUUGUCCUCUUGCCCUACAUCAUCGACGACACCGUCAAGCUCCAACAGGCUCCCCUCCUUUCCCGACCGCUCGACAUCCACCUCCUCUCUUCUUCUGCCUCCAUGUACGGCGGACGUACGGACACUAUCCAUGACGGCGCCACCGUUGAAAUAUACGCGUCCGUGAAGCUCGCCCCCAACAGGACCAGGAUCCAUUUGGUGUGGAACCGGGGGCUGUACGUCCAAGGCUACUCCCCCACUAUUCACCCCACCACGACCAAUGACCUUUCCUCCAUCUCCACCGUCAAUAUCCUCACCGGUGGCACCUCCGCAAAAAGCCACAACCGCGAUUUCACGACGCUGAAAACCGUCCACGGUGCCAUGAACGCCGUCUCAUGGGGAAUCAUGCUCCCAGUUGGCGCUGUCACGGCGCGUUACCUCAGACACAUACACUCACUCGGUCCUACAUGGUUCUACGUCCACGCAGGCAUACAACUCUCGGGUAUCGCAAUAGGGAGCAUCGGGUUCGGGAUAGGGGUGAGGCUCGGGGAGGGGGGAGCACACGGGGUGCACCUGAAGUUGGGCAUAGCGGCAUUCAGCCUCGGGAUAUCGCAAACGCUGGCGAUGUUCUUCAGGCCGAAGACAACCAACAGGUUCAGGAAGUACUGGAAAUCGUACCACCAUCUAGUGGGGUAUGCAUGCUUGGUUGUUGGGGUGGUCAAUGUUUUUCAAGGGUUUCAGUUGUUGGGAGGAGGAGGAGAAGGAGAAGGACAUGGCAUGCUCCUUUAUUGCCUGUGCUUGUCAGCACUGAUUGGAGCAUGUGUGGCUCUGGAGGUCAACUCUUGGAUUAUGGCCUCCCGGAGACAAGGGUCGUCUGUGACUGUGGGUGCCCCUGAUCAUGACAAAUCCAGCGCCUCUUUAUAGCUAUGCUUCAUUACAUGCAACUCUUCUCAUCUGUCA